AUAUCUGCCCUGUGAUUAAUUGCUAUGUGAUCACUUGUUUUUAUCAGGUUCGUGAGACCCAGGCAUUAAUCUUGGCACCAACUCGGGAGCUGGCUGUACAGAUUCAGAAGGGUCUUCUUGCGCUGGGAGACUACAUGAAUGUCCAGUGUCACGCCUGCAUCGGAGGGACCAAUGUGGGUGAAGAUAUCCGAAAAUUGGAUUAUGGGCAGCAUGUUGUUGCUGGCACUCCAGGCCGUGUGUUUGAUAUGAUUCGUCGACGAAGUUUAAGGACUCGUGCCAUCAAAAUGCUGGUUUUGGAUGAAGCAGAUGAAAUGCUCAAUAAAGGUUUUAAGGAGCAGAUCUAUGAUGUGUACAGAUACUUGCCUCCAGCCACACAGGUGGUUUUGAUCAGUGCCACUUUGCCUCAUGAAAUUCUGGAGAUGACCAACAAAUUCAUGACAGACCCCAUCCGCAUCCUGGUGAAACGUGAUGAGUUGACCCUUGAAGGAAUCAAGCAGUUUUUUGUGGCUGUGGAGAGGGAAGAAUGGAAGUUCGACACCUUGUGCGAUCUCUACGACACGCUCACAAUCACGCAGGCUGUCAUCUUCUGUAACACGAAGAGAAAGGUAGACUGGCUCACAGAGAAGAUGAGAGAAGCCAACUUCACAGUUUCAUCCAUGCAUGGGGACAUGCCACAGAAGGAGAGAGAGUCCAUCAUGAAAGAGUUCAGAUCUGGUGCAAGCCGAGUCCUUAUUUCAACAGAUGUUUGGGCUAGAGGCCUGGAUGUGCCUCAGGUGUCCCUCAUCAUUAACUAUGACCUACCCAACAACAGAGAACUCUACAUACACAGAAUCGGCCGGUCGGGCAGAUACGGCCGAAAAGGUGUCGCCAUCAACUUUGUGAAGAACGACGACAUCCGCAUCCUGCGGGACAUUGAGCAGUACUACUCCACCCAGAUCGACGAGAUGCCCAUGAACGUUGCUGAUCUUAUCUGAAGGUCCACGUCUACUGGGGAGUUGUACUGUUUGGUAGCCUCCAUAAUCCUGUCUUGGACCCACACCCCUUUAUCAUAUUGCUGGUCAUGUUCUUGAGUCGAGCUGCACUUGGGAACUUGUGUAAAUAAUUUCCUUCCUCCCACCCAUAUUUUUCAAUAAAAAAAAGGAAGUUUUACCAUAA